AUUACUGUAAUCAGUGGUGAUUUUUCUCAUUAUUGAUUGAUCAUUGACUUUUCUGAAAUCACUUUGAUGUUGAUUAAUGACCGUUAUUAGGUGAAGUGAAUGGAAUUUUUUCAGACUAUUGGAACUAUUUUGCUAUUGAAACAAUAUAUGAUAACAGUGAGUGCCACAUGUCAAUGAGAUGAAAAAAAAAAACAAAAACAAGAUCCAAAAUCACAGAAACGUAACAAAAUUCCGGUUAAUUCCUCAUACCGCUCAUUUUAAUUCCCCAAUUAAUCUCUCAUUUUUUUUUUCAAUUCAAUAAUUAUGAUAUUCCGGGAAAAAAUACCGCACAAGACCAAACCUCUGUUCCAGUAAAGUAAAAUAGCCAUAAUUAAUUUUCACAUUCCACUAUUUUCCCAUUUCAAGGUCAAUAAUUUCCAGAACAAAUCUCAUGUUUCCACGCGCCUCAAGAGCCACUCUGUGUGGCCCCGCCGGAAAACUUGAAAAUCUCUUGAAGAUUAAUAUCUUUCGUCCAUUAGAAUUAUUUGUUAUUUUUCUCGAGGAAUUGCACCUCAAUUUCGACCAAUUUCAACUAGCGGGGACUCUCGCGUCGAUGAACGAAAAAAUUACAGUUUAAAAAUGAUCAAUUGGGAGUCACAAUUCCAAGGAAGGCCGAGCAAUGAAAAUAUCCCACUAAGAAGUCGGAAGUUGGUCAAAGGGACUUAAUGUGUGGCAUUGCAAUUGACCGUGUCCAUGAUUCCACACGUACCUUUCGGUGAACGUUAACUCGUAUCGUCCGUAUAACGUACAAAUGCUUGAGAGAGUGGGGUUGUGCAGGAAGUUAAUGCUACCACUGUUAGUUGUAUACAAAACCCCACCAUUAGCUCACCUGUCAGUCAAUUGGCUUAAAAGCCACUGUACCGAACCAUUGAAUACUCAGUUCGGCACUCCACGUGCCCGACUGUCGUGUCCUGUACCUGUAAAUUAUAAAAUUAUUAUUAUAAAAAUAAUAUUAUUAUUAAAUUCCUACGUUCUAGAGGCACAACUGCAGUCUCGUGCAUUAAUAAUCGACAGUCGAUUGAUUAAUACUUUUCUCAAAGCACACAGUCUCCGAGGUGAAUAAUUAACCGUGGAGAUUGUUUUUCUUAUUUUGUCGCGUUGAACAGUGAAACUCUCUUUAAUGCGAGUGAAAAAAGUGGGUCAAUUAAUUUUUACCAAUCGCGUCGAGUAGAAUGCAUUUGAAAAAAAUAUUACGAUGUCUCCGCAAUCCUGAUGAGCCGCCAGUUGCAUUGGACGUCAUCGGGGGAAAGGAGAUUGAGAGCCAACAGCAGAUUAUUCCUGAACGAGGUAGUCAGUGGCUGCAGUUUGCUGCGGCAAUAAGCGCAUGUCUCGCAGUAAUAGGAUGUGGAGGUCACCUUGGCUGGACCUCUCCAGCCCUGCCAUAUCUCACUGGCCCCGAAAUGGCGAAUCCGAUUACGAAGGGCCAGGGUGCAUGGAUAGUUUCCUGCUACACAAUCGGCGGAAUAGUUGGCUCCCUCCUAACACCACUGGUCCUCGAUAGAAUCGGCAGGAAGUACUCACUACUGACUUUCGCACUUCCCCAGGUGGCCGGUUGGGGCCUGAUAAUCGCUGCUCAGAAGUUGAUGGUCCUUUACGUGGCACGUUUCAUCGCCGGAAUCGGUCACGGGGGAAUCUUCAACUUGAUCACAAUUUAUUUGGGUGAAAUUGCAGAUAAGAAUAUCAGGGGGGCGCUGGGCACUUUUCUCAAAGUUUCCGCUAAUAUUGGAACGCUUUUUGUAACGGCUGUAGGCGCUUACCUACCAUAUUGGCAGUUGAAUCUUGUAUCGAUAUCUGUUCCCCUUAUUUUUAUGAUUACCUUUGCAUUCAUGCCAGAGACACCGUAUUUUUACUUGAUAAAAGGAAGGAUUCCCGAUGCUGAGAAGAGCCUGAUGACCUUAAGGCGACUGAAGAAUCCGGAGAGCGUGCGAGAGGAUAUAAAAAUAAUGAAGGAAGCUGUGGAGGAAGGGGAGCGCUCCAAGAAAAAUCUCUUCAUAGAGCUGGUGCGAACGCGCGGCAAUCGUCGUGGACUGCUGAUUCUCUUGGGCUUGAAAGCAACCCAACAAUUCUCCGGGCAUAUGGCGCUAGUAGCCUACACCCAGGAGAUCUUCUCCCACAGUGGUUCAUCCUUACCCCCUGAGCAGGCAGUGGUUGUCCUCGGUGUUUGCCAAUUGAUCGCUGGUUUCUUAGCAGCUGGACUAGUUGAUCGUCUCGGUAGACGAUUUCUCAUGCUAGUUUCGGGCUUAUCAGCGGCAGUAGCACUCGUCGCCGUCGGUGUCUUUUUCUACAUGAAGUAUCAUCUACAUGCCGAUGUCUCCUCCAUCACCUGGCUUCCCAUCGCUGCUCUCAUCGCUUACGACGUUAUGGAAGUCCUUGGGAUCGGUACACUGCCUUAUGUUCUUCUGGGUGAGCUAUUCCCCACCAAUGUCAAGGGCACAGCCGUCGCCCUGGGGAUCGUCGUCGGCUCAGUGUUCGCCUCACUAGUCGGUCUUGGAUUUCAGGCUAUGAACACCACUGUUGGCAUCCACUGGACAUUCUGGAUAUUCGCCAUUUGCUGCGCCAUAGGGACACUAUUUGUUUACUUCAUCACACCUGAGACUAAGGGAAAGACCCUCGAGGAGAUACAGAUGAAGUUGAAUCCACCCAAGGAGCCCUUACCUGCUUUACCAUGAGGGGGUAAUUAUCGUGAAGAUGAUUCAAGUUGGGAGAGAUCUGUGAUACAUGUUGAUUUUUUUUUAGAUUAUUUAUUUUUUUGAUAUUAUGAGAGAUGUACCUUACUGUUGUUCACUUCUUUCAUAUUGUAGGAUUAAAAUAAAUACUCUUGUACAAAUUUA